CUUCAGUCCUCUCCACACAUCCCGGGCGUUGUUCUGCAGCUUCCAGGGAGAUGAGGUGGAUAAAUGACUCGCUCACAGCUACUUUCUUCAAGAAUUUCAUGCUGAAGCUGAGCCAAGAUGCAGAGACUCUCCAGCACUCAGCAGGCUUUGGACCUGAUCCUGAACCAAGUCAACCCCUGUGACUCAGAGGGAGAAGACAUAGACCUUCAGCCGGAUUCAGACUCUGAAGUUUCUUCUGAUGAGGAGACUUCAUCCCCACCAAGAAAGAGAAGCCAUCUGGAAACGCACACUGGGCCGACAGAGAAGGCAAAAGAUGGCACAGUGUGGCGUAAAGAACAGGUCCGGAGGCCUCUCCAUCACAGCACAAUACAACCCUACACUGCAGAAGGAGAGCCAACGGCCUUGGUCAGAGGAACUGUGUCAAGGCGCUUACAGUGCUUCCUCUGUUUCAUCAAUCUUGGCAUGCUUCAGACUAUUCAGAAGUGGACUGUUCAGCAUGGGCAGAAACAGCAUUACAGUUGGUCCAUGGACCUCCCUGAGUUAAUGGCGUUCAUUGCCAUCCUCCUCUUGCAGGGGGUGAUCAAGCUUCCGUCACCGCGUGACGCAUGGUCAGCAACACUGGGACACCCUCUGAUCAAUGGCAUUAUGGCUCAAAACCGCUUCCAGGACAUCAUGCAACACCUUCGCUUUGACAACAUGAACACACGCAGUGAACGAGUCAAGACGGACAGGUUUGCUGCGAUCUCUGAUGUUUGGAAGUCUUUCGUUGCCAACUGCAUCUCAUCCUACACCCCAGGCAGGUAUAUUACCAUCGACCAGCAACUUUUUCCAACAAAGACUCGCUGCUCAUUCCUUGCGUACUCUGCAACGAAACCUGACAAGUUUGGGAUCAAGUUCUGGGUGGCAUGUGACUUGAAAUCUAAGUAUGUAUGCAACGUCAUCCCAGACCUUGGUGACGAUCCCAGUCGCCCCAAUGUGGUGAUGAAGCUAAUGGAACCGUUCAUGAACAAAGGAAGAACCGUCACCACAGACAGCUUCUUCACAUCGCUGUCACUUGCGCAACAACUGCUCAGCCAGAAAACCACCCUCCUUGGCACAGUCAGUAAAGUUUGCCAGGAGCUUCCAGAAUCAGCCAAACAGAAUUUGGACCGCCACGAAUUCAGAACCAAGGUGUUUUCAACCUCUGGUACCACGUUGACGGUUUACGCACCCAAACGUAAGAAGACCCUCUGCAUCCUCAGCACCAUGCACAGUGUGGUCGAGACGGGAGAAACCCGGAAAAAGAAGCCAAACACAGUGAAUGAUUACAGCAGAAUGAAAGGUGGCGUGGAUGCGAUGGACCAGAUGGUGCGAGAGUACACUGUGCGGUCAGGAACACGUCGAUGGCCGGUCGCUGUGUUUUAUAACAUGGUCGACAUUGCAGCGCUGAAUGCUCACAUCCUGUACGAGGCGUGCACCGGCGUGAAGGAGCGACGGAUCGACUUCUUGAUGGAGCUGGCAAGUGAGUUGGCACACUCCCAUGUGGAAGCCCAGAAGGCCAGCGUGAAGACCCGCCUUCGGCAGCAACCUACCACUCUGGAACCUGGAAAGCGUGCAAAGUGCCAGGUCAAAAAGAAGUGCAACAGCAAUCAUGCCACUAUGCGCUGCGCGGACUGUUACAGGUACACUUGUGGCAGGUGCAAGGAAAAGGUGGUUUGGAAAUGCCGAGACUGUGCAGUUUAGAGGACAUGGGGUGUAUUUGCAGUGUAGUGUACAUUUGUGUGUUUUCUAUAUUUCAGAGUUGUGAU